UAAACAUUGCCAGCCUCUUUAAAAGAACCAUGUUUGAGAACCUCGCCACCUCCUGCCGAAAGUCAAGUCCGAUGGCGGUCUAAGCAGAGCUGAACAACCGUUAUUCUUCAGAAAACGUAGAGCUGAACGAAGGCUUAUUCCAAUUCCUAGUGCUUAUAUAUAGACCCACAAGGCAUCUCAAAGCUUUCAAGACUUGUGGGCGAGGGUGCCGAGUUCAGACAUGAAACCAUACCAGAGCUUUGGCCGCAUCGAACCGAGGAAGCUCGGCUGCACCGUCCUCCUGGGAUGCCUUCUCGUCCCCGUUAUCCUCAUCGCUGUCCUCAAGUCCAACUCCCAAUCCUUCGCCAUUCUAAGUUUUCAGCUCUCAAUCCGCACAUACCUGCCUUUGUCGACUGUGGAGGAAUCAAACAGUUCCGAGCAACAAGGUUUGGGAACCACAAGCUUACCACUUGCAUCAUUGACGGAUGAGCACAGGGAAAACCAGUCAAUCGAAGGUGAAGAAAUAACAAGUUUGCCUCCUCCUUUCAAAGAAGAGCAAUUAAAGAAUAACUCAAAUGCAGGCGGCAUAACGACUGUACUUAAUGCAUUGAAGGAGGAUCGAGGGAGAGACGAGUCGAUCCCAGAUAAAGAAACAACGGCAUUGUCCCUUCCUUCCCAAGGAAAACAAGGAGGGGAUAAACCAGAUGCAGGUUUCGAAAUCACAAGAUUGCCAUUGAAAGAAAAGCAAGGAGAGAAAGAAUUAGCAGGAGUUGAUAUAGCAAAAUUACCCCAAAACAUUCAUUUAAAAGAAAAGCCCGGGGAGAACAGCUCCAUGACAGAUAAUGUGAUGGAAUCAUCUCAUGCUUCAAAUGAGAAACAAGAGCAGAAUCUCAUAAUUGCAGGGAAUCCAAUUCAACAGCGCAAAUUGAUUUGUGAUUACUCGGGCCAAAGAUCAGAUACCUGUAUCAUGGAUGGUGAUGUCAAGGUUCUUGGCAAGUCUUCCACCAUCAUUUUAGUUUCUUCCUCUGGACCUAACACUUCACCAGAAAGCACAACAUGGAAGAUCAGACCAUAUGCUCGGAAGUGGGAGGCGCCUCUCAUGGCAUUGAUCACAGAAAUCACCCUGAAAUCAUCAGCAGAUACCAAACAAACCCCUCAUUGUGCAGUGAACCACAGUAUUCCUGCUGUUGUCUUCUCCACUGGAGGGUUUCUUGGUAAUUUAUUCCAUGACUUCAUUGAUGUGCUGAUCCCCCUGUUCAUUACCUCUCGCCAGUACAAUGGAGAGGUUCAGUUCCUUGCAACCAACUUCAAUUCCCAGUGGAUCAACAAGUACCAGCCUAUACUCAGACACCUCUCCCAUUACCAAGUAAUCAACAUGGACACUGACGAAAGGGUGCACUGCUUCCCCUAUGCUCAUGUGGGUCUCAAGAGCCACAAAGUUUUGGGCAUUGAUCCCUCCAAAACUCCAAAUGGGUACUCGAUGGCUGACUUCAGGGAGUUCCUAAGGUCAUGCUUCUCCUUGAAGAGAGAAGUAACCAAAAGAAUUAAUAAACAAUCAAGAAAGAAACCAAGGCUACUGAUCCUAUUGCGAAAGGGAUCAAGGUCAUUCAUCAAUGCAAGAGAAGUGAUAGCAACGGCUCGAAGAGUGGGCUACAAAGUGAUCACUGCUGGGCCUGAGGAAACAAAGGACCUACACCGAUUCUCCCAAAUUGUGAACUCCUGCGAUGUGAUGAUGGGAGUUCAUGGGGCUGGGCUGGCUAACAUGGUCUUCCUCCCAAGUAAUGCAACACUUAUCCAAAUAAUUCCAUGGGGUCAGCUGACAUGGGCUUGCAGACAUGACUAUGGUGAACCUGCCCCAGAUAUGGGAAUAAGGUAUCUGGAGUAUGAGAUAGGAGAAGAAGAGAGUUCCUUAAUAGCACAGUACCCAAGAGAUCAUGCAGUUUUUAAGGACCCUCUCUCAAUUCACAAGCAGGGCUUCACUGCUAUCUGGUCUGUAUUUCUAAACAAGCAAAAAGUAAAGCUCGACGUUCAUAGAUUUAGACGUGUGUUGUUAGGAGUUUUUCAGUCACUUAAACUGUAA